GUGGGAUGGACGCAUAUUGUGUCUUACGAUAUAGUAAUAUUGCAAAUAGGUAUCUUGAUGGAACAUAAUCCGUUCACCGUCAGUCGAUAGUGUACGUUCCUGACUGUAAUGUCUAUCGAAACAUUUUAGACUAUUCUUACAAUUGUUUCGCGUUAAAAUAUACAAACAUAUUAUUUCGUAUAUUUUAUUGUUAAUUUUAAUUGUAUCAUAUUUGAAUUUCAUUAUAAUUUAUAACAUAAGGUAUAAAAGAAUGUAAAAUUUAAUAUGAAAUGAUUUCGAUAACAUGACAGUGUCUCUUUAAAUUUUGUUCCAAUUUGACUAUCGAUAUCACGAUCUUCUUCGGAGCUAAAUUCACUGUAGUAUUACUUAGAAACGCAUGCGCAUUGAUCAACGAAUUAAUGGUGAGUAAUUUUUUUAGAACGUCAACUUUUCAUAUUUGUUUGUAAACAAUUCGUCGUCUAAUUAAUCAAUAGUUUAAGUCAAUUAAAAUUUUUACUAUGUUUCUAUUGUAGAUGGUAAGAUCUAUCACGUUACUUUCCUAUAAUUUGAUUAUACGUUCUUCAUAACAGUUUAGACAACUUCUAAAUUCUUUUUACUGUACAUUUGAUUUUCCAUUGUUUAUUAUUAUAACCAUACAGGAGUAAGACUAGAGAAGUAAUGACCUAAAACUGAAGGAGCACACUUGAGAAAUCUGUGUUGAAGAAUAACUUUCACCUAUAGUGGUUAAACAUUUUUGUGAAUAAAAGAAUGAAAUUAAAAAAAUGUAUAAAAUACUUUAAAAACACUGUUAUCAUAUAAGAUAAUAUUUUAUUUGAAUGUGUAUAUGUUAUAUAUAACUAAAACAUCAGCGCACUAAAAGACUACAGUGUUACUUUUUCAAACAUAGCUGAACAUUCAUUCAAGAUGUCAGACAUUGAAGAAGACGAGUUUCAAGAUGCCCAGGAGUCCAUACCAGAACCUAUUUCCAUGGAUUUGGAUACAGCAAUAAUGGAAGCAAAGAAAGCUAUACAUUGGUUUUUCAAUAAUGAGUUUGAAGAAGCAAGAAAAAUUAUGCUAUCAUGGGCAAACAGCAGUAUAUACCACUCCUUAGGGACAUGUGUUUUUGCAUUCCUUGAGGCCGUUAUUACAUUUGAACAACCAUACAUUAAAAAGGCAUCUGCAGCUGUGAAGCAGUGCACGAGCUUAUGUUCAAAGCAACGUAAAUGUGUCACAUUAACACAAAAUAUUGGUAAAAUGGUUAAGAAGGCAAAUUAUGAUGCUUAUACACUUGAGGAAGUGCAUGCAGAACUCUGUUAUGCAGAGUCACUCCUUUUUAAAUCAAUACUUACAUUUGUGGAAGAUGAGACUUUGGUCAGCUUUGUCAAAGCUGGAUUGAAAAUUCGUUCCUGCUUUCUGUCGUAUAAGGAAUGUUUAACAAUUUUGAAUAAUCGUAAGUGGGAAAAUGAAGUUCAUAGAAUUCAUUUUGAAAGUGGCGUUCGCACAGGAAUUGGAGCAUUUAAUUUGAUGAUCUCAUUGUUACCAGCAAGAAUUAUCAAACUACUAGAGUUUAUAGGCUUUUCAGGUGAUAAGGAAUAUGGUUUAUCAGAAUUAGAAGCAGGAUAUAGGGAAAAAAGAGGAUUACGGCACAUUUUAUGUGCAAUGAUUCUCUUAUUUUACAAUUUGAUGAUAUCUUUUAUUCUAAGUAACACGGAUGGUGACCUAGAAUGGUGUGAAAGAGUAUUAGAGGAGGAAUUAAGCCAUCAUCCAAACAGUGUAUGGUUUUUGUUUUUUAAAGGAAGAUUAGAGUUAACAAGAGGAAAUUUUGAAAAUGCAAUAGAAUGGUAUACAAAAUCUUGGAAGAGCCAAGACUUAUGGCCUCGAUUUCAUCUUGUUUGUUUUUGGGAAUUAAUGUGGGUCCAUUGUGCUCUGCAACAAUGGGAAGAAGCUGCUACGUUUGCUUACAUUUUAGUCAAAGAAUCAAAGUGGACCUGUACUGUUUCUUUAUACCAGCAAGCAGCGAUACUUCUUAUGGAGAAACCACCGCCAAAAAGUGAGAAAAAACAGUGUAUUGACUUCAUGAUGAUGCAAGCGCCUACGUUUAAACAACGUAUAGCAGGAAAGUCGUUGCCAAUAGAAAAGUUUGUUAUUAAAAAGACAGAACGUUAUUUUGCUCAAAAAGAUAAAUUAGUUCUUCCUGUAUUUGAACUUAUGUACGUGUGGAACUUAUUCCGAAUUAUCGGCAAACGGCAAGAUUUAACAUUAAAUAUAUUUAAACAGAUCGAAGAAAGUGAAAGAGAACUUAUGAGUGGCCCUAAAAGUGAGUUUCAUGGAGAUAAUGAAGCUCUUCUGCUGCUUCUAAAAGGUGCCUGUUUACGGCAAUUAAAGCGUCCUUUAUUAGCUGAGGAUUGUUUAACUCGUGUCCUUAGCUUAGAUAAAUCAAUUAAGGAAGAUACUUACAUACUUCCUUUUGCAACAGUGGAAUUAGCUUUAUUAGCAAAAGACCAAGGAAAUAUUCCACUUGCUAUUGAGUUUCUGAAAGAUGCUAAAAACAAUUAUACUGGAUAUCUUCUUGAAACCAGACUGCAUUUUAGGAUUCACUCUGACUUAAUGAACUUGACAGGAAAGAAGGUUGAAGAUGUUGCAGUAUAAUGAUAUCUAAAAGAUGAUUAAUUUUUUUUUUUAAUGUUGAU